UUUGAAAGAGAGGCCAAUAAGCCUUCAAAACCGUAGCGCCAUUUUUUUUCCGCGUGUGUUUUUGGCUGUUCUCUUUUUGUUCCCAAACAAUGUUCAUCGCUCCGCUCCGACCGCCGCCGCCGCCUCCGCCGUUUAUCGUUCCGAAUUCCGUACUCAUCCGCCACAUACGGCUGAGUGUUCUUCCGCCGCGCCGCUAUCUCGCCGCGCCUGCUGCCGUUUCCCGAGACCUGGACGACUUCACGCAGUAUUCCGGCUACCUUUUCCAGUUGAGCUCAUCGGAAGCCGAAUCGUUGACUGAAUACAGCGUAUCGAGAAUCGCGGAUAUAUAUCAGAAGAAGCCUCUGGUUGUUCUUCGCCGGCUGUUCCAAACCGCCACCACUCUCGGCAAGUGGUUCGCUCUCCGCUACUACGACCGCGUCACGGAGCGUGCGGAUUUGAUGUUCCAGGUUAGAGCUGCUGAAUUGAGGAAGAUCUUACUACAACUUGGUCCGGCAUAUGUUAAGAUAGCUCAGGCCAUUUCAUCUCGAGCUGAUUUGAUUCCGCCCUCAUAUUUGGAUGAACUAUCAAUUUUGCAAGACCGAAUUACACCUUUCUCCACAGAGGUUGCAUUUGAUAUGAUAGAACAAGAACUUGGACAGCCAAUAGAUGUACUUUUCUCGGAAAUCUCACCUGAGCCUGUGGCAGCUGCAUCACUUGGACAGGUCUAUCAAGCUAGGCUUCGUGCCAGCGGGAAGGUUGUUGCAAUCAAAGUGCAGAGGCCUGGUGUUAGAGCUGCCAUUUCAUUGGAUAUAUUAAUCUUGCGAUACAUAGCAGGUGUGAUAAGGAAAGCAGGGAAGUUUAACACUGACCUUCAGUCGGUCGUUGAUGAAUGGGCCUCAAGCCUUUUCAAGGAGAUGGACUACAAUAGGGAAGCAGGCAAUGGAAUUAAGUUUAGACAGUUAUACGGCAGCAUAAAAGAUGUAGUAGUUCCUGAAAUGUAUCUUGACCAAACAACUAGAAAGGUUCUCACCAUGCAAUGGGUUGAGGGUCAAAAGCUUGCGGAGGUGAAGGAUCUAUACAUAAUUGAGGUGGGAGUUUAUUGCUCAUUCAAUCAACUUCUGGAGUUUGGGUUCUAUCAUGCUGAUCCGCAUCCUGGAAACCUACUUCGAACAUAUGAUGGGAAGCUAGCUUACUUAGACUUUGGCAUGAUGGGGGAAUUCGAAGAAGAACUUCGUGAUGGCUUCAUUGAAGCUUGCCUUCAUUUAGUAAAUCGUGAUUAUGAUGCACUAGCCAAUGAUUUUGUAACCCUCGGGCUUCUUCCGGCAGCAGCUGACAAGGAUGCUGUUACAAAGGCAUUAACAGGUGUCUUUCAAGAUGCUGUCGCAAAAGGAGUUCGCAACAUAAGCUUUGGGGAUCUACUUGGAAAUUUGGGAACCACCAUGUACAAAUUCAAAUUCAGAAUUCCUCCUUAUUUUUCUCUUGUCAUCAGAAGUCUUGCUGUUUUGGAGGGAAUUGCCAUCAGCUUCAACCGGGAUUACAAAGUUUUGGGCAGUACAUACCCAUGGAUUGCCCGUAAAGUUCUCACUGACAGCUCACCAAAGUUAAAAUCAUCUUUACAGUCUCUUCUUUACAAGGAUGGAUUCUUCAGGAUUGAUCGAUUAGAGGGUCUCUUAACAGAGUCAUUGCGUGCCAGGACCGAGCGAGCCUUAGUUAUGAAGCAGGAAGGAGAUGACACAAAGAUGGCUAUCAAACAAAUUCUGUCCUUUACUUUGAAUGAGAGGGGUGCAUUUGUGAGAGAAAUACUGCUUGACGAAUUGACAAAGGGCGUGGAUGCGCUUGGCAUAGCGACCAUGGAUUCAAUACAAUCGACCCUGACUGCAAACCUUCCUUUCAGACCGAAACCUCCUUCUUCUUUGACUGAUGAAGACAUCGCCAAUCUGAGAACACUGCGACGCCUCAUGCAACUACUUUCCGGGCUUCAACAGGCUGAAAUUUCUCAAGUGCAGGAUGUAAAAGGAAUCGACGCAUCCAACAGGCGAAAGCAGCCUUCAAAUGAAGCAUCAGCAGCAUUGAUUCCUACUGGAAUGCUUUCUGGUCAAGAAAUGCUACCACUUCUCUCAGUUAUUGUUGAGCUCCCGCAGGAUUCACAACAGCAGUUGUUAAGACUGCCAGCAGAUUUUGCCGGAAAACUAGUGUCCCGUGUUGUGGCCAGGAUCAUAAGACGGGCAUUCCUGUAAGCAGAUCUACUCUAACCGGCGUCACCUUUAAUAAAAAGAAAUGAGAGCCUUAGGAGCAACUGUUGAGACCGAUUUCCUUUCGAAUUAUGUGUAUAUAUAUAUAUAUUCAUAGAAGCCUUUAUUUCAAUUGUAAUUGGAUAAAUACAUCACCAUUCCACAUAUCAAUAUCUACCCUAUAGGUCUCGUAAGGGGUGACUUGGUGAUAUGAAGUAUCUUCGUGACUAUGAGGUUAUAGGCUUAAAUCCCCGAUGCCUCCAGAUCUUUAUUUGUUAUAUAUGAUUCACCUAAUAUAAUUUGUCUUA